AUGGUGGCGCCUUCAACCAAUACAUCCUUGGUGGAUGUUUCCAGCAAAUACUCGGGCCCAUGCCGAUUUUUAUUCAAAAACGAACUUGAACAACCGUCGGGUUCGUUCAAACUCCGCGGAAUGAGCAAGUUAGUAGGAUCUGCUGUGGAGAAAGCCAAACUGGAAAGUUCCUCCAGUGUUCAUGUCUACACUUCGUCUGGAGGUAACGCCGGAAUCGCUGCUGCUUACGCGAGCAAACAUCAUAAUGUUCCAUGUACGGUCGUACUUCCUGUAACAUCGAAGCAGGCCGCUUUGGACGCAUUAACCUUGCUUGGUGCUACCGUCGUCAUCCAUGGAGCACAUUGGGGCGAGGCAGAUACUUACUUGAAAGAAGUGGUAAUGAAAAAGGACCAAGAGAUUCAGCCAGAUACUCUAGCCAUCUAUUGCCAUCCUUUCGAUAACGAAAUAUUGUGGGAAGGACAUGCAGACAUUGUCGAUGAUGUUGCUAGUCAAUUAAAAGAGAUGAACGUCAGUCCUUCCAACGUGAAGGGAAUUGUGUGCAGCUGCGGCGGCGGAGGACUCUACAAUGGAAUUGUGACUGGAUUAAGAAGAAAUAAUUUGUCGGAAGUUCCGGUUUUGGUGCUUGAAACCAACCAGACUCCGGCAUUUUAUCAAUCCGUGGCUGCUGGUAAGCCUAUUGUGUUGCCUAAGGUGGAGACUUUGUCCACUACUUUGGGUGCACCAUAUAUUUGCGAGAAAACUUGGGAAAUCUUCCAGAGCCAUCCAACUUUUGUUGAGAUCAUGGACGAUUUGGAUGCUGUUCAAGGCACUAUUGACUACUAUGAAGAUUUUGGGGCACUUGUGGAACCAGCAUGUGGAAUCACUGUAGCAGCAGCUAAUAAGAAGCAGGAAUUGUUGUCUGUAUUUGGAGAAUUGAAGCCCGACGAUGUGAUUGUGUUUAUCAUAUGUGGCGGAUCUGGAAUUCUGUCCGAAUUGUUGGAGACUUAUCGUGGUUUGGUUGCGAAGUAG